AUGGUGGGGCAGAGCCGGAUGCGCCGGCGAGGGUGGGCAGUGCGGUGCAGGGACGGGGGCACCGGGGCGGCCGACCACGGGGUUGGGGCGUUGGGGCCACCACCUCCGCUGUCGUCGUUUUCGCCGGUCUUUUUUCCUCUUCUCCUCCGCCAGCGCCGUGCUCGUGUCUUCCUCGCGUUCUCCUUCCUCUCUGAGCAUGUCUAUUUGCUAUUGAUGGUGCCUGAGGAGACCUUGCCAGAGUUCAUGUCCAAGGCAACUAGAACUUCUGUCAACUGGGUGCAAAUGGUUGGGAUGAAGAUGUACGAUAUGUUCCAGCUUCUCCCAGUCAAGAUUCAAAUUGGAGUUUUUCUCUGCUACCAUGUUUAUGCUUUGCAUUGUUUUCUGCCACUAUCCAUCAGUGUUUUCUUACGCUAUCUGUACUCAGAUGAUGGGACCUUCUACUUUGAUGAAAAACAUGUUGACAAUACUGAAUACAAGGGUCCUAUAACGACUUCUGCUUCAGUGAUCCCUGUUGAGAAAAUACUUGGCCUGGCAAAAUUCUUCCUUGGUAUUGGGCUCCCAGGUAGCGCAAAGGAUUGCUUUAAUCAGAUUGAGUCUUUGUCAUUCUUGGAGAACAAUAGGAUCUUCGUUCCGUUGAUACUGUCACUUCCUUCCAAAGUAUUUUCAUUGACUUCGAAAGAUCAGCUUAAGGAAGUAGCUCUUCCAGUACUGGAGCAAUUGCUGGUGGAGUGGUUGCUGGCGCAGCCUUGCUAUUUGUUGUUUCGGCUGCCGCCGGAGGCGCGCGGUGGCGACGAGGCGGCCUCCUGGCCUCGCCUUGCCAGGUUGCGCUGCAACUUGUGCGUGUUCUGGUGGCCGCGCAAGCGCCUACGAGCUGCAGAACUUCCUGGGGCAGUAGCAGCAGGCGAAGACCACAUGGAACCUGGGCGGCGACCACAGCGACGGGUGCAGCCCUGA